GGCUCGUCUGUAGUCCGGACUACGGAAUUUCUCAUUCUCAGCAAAAGUUCUCUGCUUUCAUGGCGAAAUUAAAGAUCGGAGGUGUUUGGGUAGGCGUGCUAGAGGUAGAACUCGAUAACUGGACGGUGCCCAUGUUGAGAGAAGAGGUGGCGAGGCGAUCGAACAUUGAACCCGGGUCAAUCAAGCUCAUAUGCACAGGCAAGGUCUUGAAGGACGGCGAUGGCGCUGAAAAAUUGAUCCAACUGGGGAUCAGAAACAACGCCAAGAUUCUUGCCACUCGCAUAUCAGUUGAGGAGGGUAAUUCCUUGAAAGAAGAGUUGAUCGCCGAGGAGGAGCGCUCAAGUAGACUUGCCCGAGUCAAGGCAGCUGCCACUGCAUUGAGCAAGAGACAUGCAGAUGGUUCAUUACCACUUGAAGACUUCAAUCUAGAAAUUCAGAAUCAGGGAGGAGAGAAAGUGCAGUUAGGAUCUGAGACAGACCAGCAGGCAAUAAUGAUGGGUCUUAUGUUCCAUGCAAAUGCAAAGAAUCUAAUCAAGAGGCAAAAGUUUAAAAAUGCACUGGAAGUGCUUGCUAUGGGAGAGGAAGCUUUCUCUCUAUGCAAUCAGAAGAUUCUGGAGCUUGUUGACAAUGUCCCAAUACUGCAGUUGGACAUGGUGUGGUGUUAUUUCUUGCUCCAGGAUAUCAGUUCGCUUUCUGUUGCAGGAAUGCGACUUGAAAAGGCCAGAGAAGGAAUUGAACGUUGUCAUGGGAAGGACCUCUCCCGUGUUAGAUUCCUCCAAGCAGGUCGCCAGCCAGAGCUUGCACUACAUAUGAGAUUGGAGUUGUUGGAAGGAGUUCUAGCAUAUCACAAUGGUGAUUUUGAUAAAUCUAGAAAGACAUUGAACUGUGCAAAAGAAAAGUUCUUACAGUUGCAAGUUCCAGAUGAAGCCUUAUCUCAUGUAAUGAGCAUGGGGUUCAAGGAAUGUGAUGCUCAGAAGGCAUUGCGAUUGAACAACCAAGAUGUUGCUAGUGCUGUUGAUUUUCUCUUUGAGGAGAAGUCAAGGAGAGAGAAGAAGCGAGAGGAUGAUAUUCAGCAUAGAAAGGAAAUCUUGGAGCAAAAGCGUUAUGGAAUGACACCCCUGAAAAGAGCUGUCAAUCUUGAGAAAUUGAAAGAACUUGUCUCUAUUGGGUUUGAAAAGUUUCUUGCUGCUGAAGCCCUUCGGAGAAAUGAGAAUGACUUCCAGAAGGCAUUGGAUGACUUGACAAAUCCAGAACUUAAUUCUGCUAUGCAGGUUUCUGUUGAAUCACGGAAAAGGAAAAGACAACAACGAGCAGCAGAAGCUAGAAUUGAGGAGCUUGUAUCAAUGGGCUUUGAAAGAUCAAGAGUGGUUGCUGCUGUUCAGGCUGCUCUUCAGUCUGGCGGUAACAUGGAGCAAAUCUUGACGCAGCUGAUAUCACAACUUGACGACAGUGAUGCAAACCCUUCUGAUUCAAAGCCUAAUGAUGCAGGUCCAUCGACAGUGACAUCACUAGCAGAGAUGUCAACCAUUGGUAGUUUGAACAACAAUGACAUUGCUGGUAGUUCAAGCGAUGAGGAUACUGUUGUAGGUCCAUUGACUGCUGGGGAGACUGAAAAACGAGAUGUGGAAAUGGAGGAUGAACUUGCUCAAGAACUAGAAAAUGUAGAUCAUUUGUCAGAUUACGACAUCGAAGUUACAAGAGAAGGUGAUGCCAUAUACGAAUACUUGGCCCUGUUGGCAUCAGCGGAUGUUAUGGAGAGAGCUUCAUCUUUGCAAUGAUGAGACCAAUUAGAACACUUGGUAAAUGUUGCGAUUAAAUAGAUCUUGGGCAAUCUAAGUCAUAGCUCAUAAGUAUUUUAAGAUUUAGAGGCCAAUGUGGCAAGAAGGUUUUGUGGAAUUGCCAUAUAGCACACUAAUUUUACAAUUCUUUACUUUCACCUUUAGGUUAUGUUUGGUUGGUGAGAAUGCUUUUUCGUUAAUCAAAUUAUCAUUGUUUUAAAGCUCGGUCCGGCCCAAUCGGUUGGAUCGGUUCAAUGUGAUCCAGACUUAAAAAUGGGUUG